UAUUCAACAUCUGGCAAUUUAACGCUUGUGAUAAAAACAAUGUCGCAAUCUCAAAUAAACAACUUGAAGUCAAGGUUAGAAUCGAAUUACAACUUCAAUGUUAUUUUGUAUCAGUCUACGUUCGAACGUUCGACGCGAUGGAUUUCUGUGAUAAAGUUGUCGUUGUUACUGGCGCGAGUUCUGGCAUAGGUGCAGCUACUGCUAAAUAUUUUGCCAGGGAAUCUGCUAAUGUAGUCUUAAUAGGCAGAAAUGAGAACGCCCUCAACGAAAUCGCGGCGGAAUGUGAAAAGGCUAAAGGUAUAAAACCUUUGAUCAUUAAAGCUGAACUUAGUAAUGAUGAUGAAGUCAAAAACAUUGUUACUAAGACUAUAGAAGUAUUCGGACGUAUUGACGUACUUGUAAAUAACGCAGGGUACGGAGGUAAAGCAGGUAUUCUUGAUGGAAUCGAACCGUACGAUCAUAUUAUGAAAACCAACGUAAGAGCUGUUUAUCUUCUCACCAGCUUGUGUACUCCUCAUCUUGUAAAGACUAAAGGAAACAUAGUAAACGUAUCAAGUGUAGCAGCAUUCAGACCGAUAAAAGAUUUACAUUUCUUGCCUUACUGUAUCUCCAAAGCUGCUUUGGAUCAAUUCACAAGAUGUCUCGCCGUCGAACUGGCAAAAUAUGGUAUUCGUGUGAACUCAGUGAAUCCUGGUGCGACUAGAACGAAUUUUGUAUUAGCUGCUGGCCUAAGCAAGGAAAAGGCAGAGGAAUUAUACAAAGUCCGUGAUAAAGUUAUGCCGCUUGGUAAAGUUGCGGAGAGUGAAGAUAUAGCAGAUAUGAUAGUGUUUUUGGCUAGUAAUCGAGCUAGAAGUAUUACUGGUGCUAUUCAUGUUAUAGACAAUGGUGAAAAUUUAGUGUAAACCUAAUCAAGCAAUCUGUUUGUCCAACUUUCUUCAUUUAAGUUACAAAUAUGUUCAUAUAUUUAUCUUACAAAAAUAUUACGAUUAGUAUUGAAAUUGCAGCUAAACAGUACUAUAACUAAAUCUUUAAGGUAGAUCCAUUCUGUUACUUAAUAGUUAAAUAUAAGUAAUAUAAUUUUACGUAUUAUUAAAUAUUCAUUAUAUAAACUCAACAGGUUUUUCUUAGCAGACAUAUUACUUAGGUAGUAGCAAAAUCAGUUGUUAUUGUGUACAUAUUUUUUCUUCAACAUUUUCCUUGGGAAUAAAUAAGCUGGACUAUAUCAGCGCACAUGCUACAUACAACAAUAAGAAUGUACGACUUCAAAGGCUGUAGGGGGUUACAUAAAUAGGUCAGUAAGCUUAUCUAAUAUACUUCGUGUUCUCAUGGCCAUUAGUCUUCAUUUAGCAUGCAGUGGCGUUGAUAACAAAGCAAAAGUAAUGGCAAGCAGCAAAUAAGAAGCCCCGUGUUUCUUUAAUACACAUUUUCAUAGGUUUAUUUCUUAUUGACGAUUCAAUUGUAACUGGCAAAAAACAAAUUAUAAAAGAUACUUUUUUCUAUAUUGUAUAGAGUAGUUCUACCUACAUUAUUGCCUUGAACAGUAGUAAACAUGUUUCAAUAAAGGAAAGUAAUACACAUUAAUAAUUAUUAUUGUUGCAUAAUGAUUUAAAUUGAUGUCAACUUAGAGCCACAUAAAAUUCGACGACAUGCGCUGUCAGAAUGUAGAGAUACAAUUAAAUAAAAACUUCUUGAUUAGGAAAUAAAGGUUUUAUUUCAUUGAAGCUCUACACUGUGACAAUGCUGAGCCUAAAGUCAAUUUGAGACUAUUGAAAAUAAUGUUUGUCUAUCUUUCUUAUAUGGGAAGUUGAAAUAGUGUCAUAUACUUUUUACCGGGUAAAAAACUAUUAUUAAUUUUUGAUUACACAUGCAAAAUCUAAAGUUUUAAAUAAAAUCGUGUUUAUUUAAGAAAAUAUGCAGUAUAUAUUUGUGACAGAUUGCUUAGUCAACAACAUAAGGGGCCAAAUGAAAUUCAUGCGAUUUUUACGACUUGUUUGAAAUGAAAAGCAGUUAAUGAAUUUGAUUUGUUUCUAGAUCAUUAAUAGUCUUUGGAACAUUUUCUCGCUUCAGUGGUCCUAAUCACAACAAUUUGAAACGGAACAGUGAUUAAAUAAAUAACCUUCUGGCGAUCAAAUAAAAAAUCAAUGCGCACUAAAAGAAAUAUUUAUUAGCUUCCCAGUUCUAGUAAAGUAGAAAUAGACUAUGUAAAAUCGACGCAUUCGAAUGAAGUUUUACACUUUAAAUAAAGUCAAAGUUAAAAAGAUUUUAUGAGGUCAUGAGGUCACUCAUAUAUAUUAAUACUAAAGAUAAAAAUAAAUGAUUUGACCUUACAAUUUAGACUUCAUUAAAGCAUCGACGUGCCAAAAGGUGUUUUCGAGGGUUGAGUAU